AUGGAAGCAUCUACUGCUUGUUUUCAGUGGUCGAAGCAAAUUAUACCUCAUCGUCCGUCGUCUUCCUACGGAACCCUAGCCUCCGCAAUCUCAUCUCCGUCGUCUUUGAAACGGCGGUGCCAGGCAGAAGGCGCGGCAGCGCUCAUGUGCUGUUAUGUACAUCGCCUUGACAGAUUGGCUCUAUUAGGAGCUUCAUCGUCGAAGAUUUACAGGACAAGGUCUUCCGCGUAUGCCAGGCCCAGAAGAGCACAGACGCUGAGGAGAGCUUGCAGUGCGAGCCUAAGCGAAGCCUUCUCCGAUGAGGAAUUUUCCAAGGAAAUUCAAGAAUUGGCUCUCAGAUUCCAAAACUCGAACGAUGCCGCGGAUUUGGAAUUGACUGCAGGUUUCCAUCCCGAAACAGCGAGUAAUCAUCCUUGCCAUUCGGGCAGGGAAGAUUUUGUAAAUAUGGAGCACGAUCACAGGCGAUUCCCGGUGGAGCCUCCGUGGUCGGACAUCAGUAGGGAGUCCCAAGAUUGGCCGGGGAGCCACGAUAUGAUUCCGGCGAGCAUUGAGCGGAAGGCGAACAGCGUGGAUAUCCCAGUAUCGCUCCGAAUCAUAAAAAGAAAGAUGCAGUGGCAGGAAGGAUUGAUGGAGGCAGGGGAAUCCGCUUGUUGCUCAGUGAAGAAGGCGUUCUCCUCUAUGGUGUUCAUAAUACGAGAGAUCCAGAGCUACACAUUGCUGAUGAGAGAGUUCCUUUUCACGGAAGAUCUACAAGGGAUUCUGGCCCGGGUCCAGAAGGAGAUGAACGAUUCAUUCGUAUGGUUGUUUCAGCAGGUGUUUUCUCAUACACCUACUCUCAUGGUGUCCGUGAUGAUUCUCCUCGCCAAUUUCACGGUGUACUCCAUGGGCAGCCAGUAUGCAAUCGCCGCUCCACCCCCGCCAGCCUCCUAUACGAUGGAAAGCGUGUCUGUUCUCGAUACUCGGGACCAGAUAAACCACAAGUUCCAUUCGUCAAUGGCCAAGACCUUUUCCUUGUCAUCCCCUGCUGGGAAAUCCGCUUCCAUCGGCGGGGGCGGUGGUGAUGGCGGCAAGGUUAGACCAGUCAGCAGUGGGACAGAGGGAGACGGUUCAUUAGAUGGGUCGGAAGAAUUGAGGACGAUAGUCCCUGAUUGUGCAUCAGAAUUGUCAGCACUAGGUACGAGCCAAGAGGCAGAGCAGGGGAUGGGCCGAGAGAAAGAAGCUUCGGAGAUAUGGAAUUCGAUGGUGGAGGAAGCCGCAGGAAUUCAAGGAGUGAAGAUCGAUGCAGAGGCCAUCAAGAGAUUCGUUUCACCCAUCGAAGCCAACAUCGAAUCCGACGAUUACGGCGACUAUCUGCGGACGGAGUUGCUGUACCAAACGGGACUUGCAGAAGAUCCUAACAACCCUCUACUGCUCGCCAAUUAUGCCCAGUUCCUAAGCCUUGUUUCCCAUGACCACGACAGGGCGGAGGAGUACUUCAAGAGGGCGGUUGGGACGGAGCCGGUGGAUGCGGAGGCGUUCAACAAAUACGCCAACUUCCUGUGGAAAGUGAGGGACGACCUGUGGGCGGCGGAGGAGACGUUCUUGGAAGCCAUUGCUGCGGAUCCGGCCAAUCCUUUCUACGCUGCUAGUUACGCCAGCUUCUUGUGGACGACCGGCGGGGAGGACACGUGUUUCCCCCUGGGCUCCCCUGAUACUACGCUCCAAGCCUAA